UCCAAUAAAAAUUCUCCCGCCACAUGCAAAAUUUUCAACUUUCAAACUCAUUUUCACCUCAAUAUCUCCAUCUUCUAUCUCCAUUCUCACUUCAACUUCUUCAUCUUCACCAUCUUCAUCUUCACAAUCCUUAACAAUGGAUACCACUUCGCACCUGCGACAAAUGGCCGAAGAACUCAAAUGCCCCAUCUGCUUAAGUCUUCUGAAAUCUGCGGUUUCCCUUACCUGCAAUCAUAUAUUUUGCAAUGUUUGUAUUGAUAAGUCUAUGAAGUCCGAUUCAACAUGUCCUGUAUGCAAAGUUCCGUAUAGGAGAAGAGAGAUUCGUCCUGCUCCUCACAUGGAUACGUUGGUGAGCAUUUACAAGAACAUGGAGGUUUCUUCAGGAGUCAACAUUCUAGUCACUCAAACAGAACCUCAAACACAAGGUAAUGAGAAACAAACUGGUGAUGAAAUCAUUUGUGGAAGCAAGACAACCAACAAAGCUUGCAGAACCACACCAAACACACAGAAUCAGAGGAAAAACAAAGGGAAAACAUCAAAUGGAUCCUCAAAAAGGUCUAAACGAUGUAAUUCUGAUAUCGAGAGACCAUCUUUUCCAACGAAGAAAAGGAUCCAGGUGCCACAACAUCCUCCACAAGAGACACCAACAAGGCCUGCAAAUCUUGAAAGUGGGAAGAUCGCGUCUAUUAACGAUAAAACUCAAAGUAACGUAUCUGCACCAGAAGACACGGCUCAUUUACAUGAGAAUGGAGAUACGUUAUUUUCCCCUUUCUUUUGGUUGAGAAAUGAACGGAAUGAAGAACCAACACAACCUACACCUUUUGAACCUGUAAAUGUGUCACAAGCAGAUGCUCCAUGCUUUAGUGAUAUCAAAGAUUCUUACGAUGACCAUCCUUCUCACACUGCCUCAAAGUGCGCAUCGUUGCCGGAUGGUAACAUGUUUGACAGUGAAAUGUUUGAAUGGACACAAAGACCUUGUUCUCCUGAGCUUUGUGCAAGUCCAUUGAAGAUGCAGGAUAAAGAAUCUGAUGAAUGCGACAUAAUUCAAGAGAAUGGACACAAUAACACGGAAGAAAAGAAGAAAAUCAAUACCAUAGAAGUGGUUUUACCCAUGUUAUCUCCACUUCCGAAAGAAAAGGUUGACCAUGUUGCUAAAGUCAAAGGGGAUAAGAAGAGAGCUAAGAAGACCCGAGAAAGUGUUCAAAAGAAGAAAGUUAAGAGAGACGCAGAUAAAGUUGUUGAAAUUUGUACUGUGCCGCCGAAGGCUGAUCAAGAUAAUGACGGAAACACUAGUGAGUCUGUGAAAUGUAAGAAACGGAAUCGAAGUGGCAAGAAAGUUGCAACAAAAGCUGUCGAAGAAGCUUCUAAUCAUGGAGAUGCAAGUGCAGUUGGUCUGUCAAAUUCUUCGAAUCUUAAAAAAUGCGGUGACAACAUUCAUGACGCCAGUAGCACAGGCAAGAAGAAAAAAGAGAUCACGAAUCAGCAACAUACAAAAAGGACUAAAAAGUUGAAGAACCAAGAUUCAAGAAUUAGUAAUAUUAACGUAGCCGAACUUAACAAGGAAUUCAUCCAUCAGUUCCCUAGUGAACCUGCUCUUGUUAAUACCGUGACAGAUGUUUGUGCUUCAAGUAAAGUUUCUAAGGGCGUAAAAACUUCUAAAAAGGUGACGUUUUCUACAAAUGAGCCAGAACCUUCUAAAAAUGUUGAUAAAAAGGCCAGCAAACCGAUGGAAGAAGCUAACUGUGGUUCUCCGACAAAAUCCAAUGCCACAUUCUUACAUAAAUGUAACACUCUGUCUUAUAUGCAAUGUGCUUUCUGCCAGUCCACAAAAGAAUCAAACAUUACUGGAUGUAUGACACACUACCUUAAAGGAAAGCCUAUAACUUUGGAUCAUGAAGUUGUACCACAUGCAAUUCACGCGCAUAGGAACUGCACAGAGUGGGCUCCUAAUGUAUACUUUGAAGACGAUAUUGCUGUCAAUCUGGAAGCUGAGCUGGCAAGAAGCAAAAGAAUUAAGUGCUCUUGCUGUGGAUUAAAAGGUGCUGCUCUCGGUUGUUAUGAAAAAAGUUGUCGUAAAAGCUUUCAUUUCACCUGUGCAAAGUUAACGCCACAAUGCCGAUGGGAUGAUGACAAUUUUGUCAUGUUAUGCCCACUUCAUGCAUCUCAAAAGCUGCCAAAUGAAGCAUGUGGUUCUCAACAAAAAGAUAAAAAGAAAUAUGUUCCGAAAAGACAGACUAUCGUUAAACAAUCUCAAGUUAAUGUUGAUGAUACAGUCAGCACAGCUUCUCGUUGGGAGUCAUCUGGACUGUUCACGAAAAUGCUUCUUUGUUGCUCAGCACUCACAACUACUGAAAAGGAAACCAUUGAAAAGUUUGAGAAGUUAUCUGGAGUUACAGUAUUGAAGAAAUGGGAUUCCAGGGUUACACACAUCAUUGCAUCAGUCGAUGAGAAUGGCGCAUGCAGAAGAACCCUUAAAUAUUUGAUGGGUAUUAUAGAGGGAAAGUGGAUUCUUAAUAUCGAAUGGAUCAAGGCUUGCUUGGAGGUCAAGAAACCAGUUGAUGAACAACUUUACGAGAUUAAUAUAGAUAUUCAUGGAUUCAAGGGUGGUCCUAAACUCGGCCGGUCUAGGUUGCUUAAUAAGGAACCGAAACUUUUUAACGGUUAUAAGUUCUAUUUUACUGGAGACUUUGUAGCUUCUUACAAAGGAUAUUUACAUGAUCUUAUCAUUGCUGCCGGAGGCACGGUUCUGCAUAGGAAGCCAGUACCGAUGAACAACGAACAACAGUUUCUAAUCUACAGCAUUGAGCUUCCUGAUAAGUUGAAACCAAAUGAGCAAAAUCGGAUUCUGAGUCAAAGAAAGUCAAAUGCAGAAGCCCUUGCAAAUUCAUGUGGUGCCGUAGCCGUAAGCAACUCAUGGAUUUUAAACUCCAUUGCAGCUUCUACACUGCAAAAUCUUUGCUAGAAAAAAAUUAUGUUUUUACUUUAAUCUUUUGAACUUUAUGCAGCUUUUUUAUUGAAAUUAUGUAUAGAAUAUAAUUAUGGAUGAAUUUGUUUCUUACUUUGGCAUAUAUAAACCGUUAUGGUUUAAACUUCUUGUGCUAGUUUGUGAAAAGGAAUUUGAGUA